AUAUGCUGUCAAUUCUAUUUCUAUUCAUCCAUCUGGCAAGCUGGCAUUGUCUGUUUCCAAAGACAAAACAUUGAGAACAUGGAAUUUGAUCAAGGGACGAUCAGCAUAUAUUACUAAUAUUAAGAAAGUUGCAGAAUUAGUGCGGUGGUCUCCUGAUGGAUCUCAUUUUUUGGUAGCAUUCCGCAAUGCAAUUGAUGUCUACUCUGUGGAGAGUGCUGCUGUAGUGCAGACUAUCGACUUCAAACAGAAAAUAUGUGACUUAACCUUUAUAAAGGAUGAAAUAAUUGCCGUGGGAGGAGAAAGCGAGGAUAUCCGUUUUUAUGAUGUGAAAUCUGGAGAAUUAAUUCAUACAUUCAAUGCUCAUAAGAGCAGAGUUAAAGCAUUAGAAUGUGUUUCUGUAAAUUCAGAAACAUUUUUAGUUAGUACUUCUAGUGAUGGAUACAUAAAAGUAUGGUACUUGGAUGUAUCUGAGUCUGAAAUUAAAGCACAGAAGAUAGCGAAAGUCAACACUGGAAGUCGGCCAACUUGCUUAACAGUAUUAUUGAAAUGAAAAUUGGAUACAUGUUCAUUUUUUAUUUGAAAUGGAAUUUCUCAAAAGCAUCAUAGGACAUUCCUUGUAAAAGCUGCUUUUCUGUACAUUUUUGUAAAUAAAAAUAUUGAUAAUCCUCCUAUAUUUAUAUAUGUGCUGUUGGAUUUCUUUAAAAAAGAAACUUUUU